AUGUCACGAUUAGAUAACGUGGAUGCACUUGAAAAACAGCUAGCUGAGUUGCAAAUGGUGAAAAAUAUAAGUUCACCAGGAAAAGUGAAGAAGAUACCACCAGCUGUGCCACCUAAGAAGAAAGCGCAACCCCAAGUUCCCCACAGUGCAGCUAUCACUGCUAUAAAAGAACCUUCAUAUUCGUCUAAGAUUGCACCACUACAGAACAAUGUUGUGCCACCUCCACCACCAACUUAUGGCAAUGUUCCAAGAUUUAUGAAUAAUGUUCAUUCAUCACAUAAAGAUUAUGCCAAUGUGAAACAACUAGCUUUGCCUAGUCAUCCAGUUAAACAAACUCUACCGCUGCCACCUAAAUCUAUCAAUCCUCUAAAUUAUACCAACUUGCCAACAUAUCAAGGCUGCCCACCACCCCCUCCUCCACCCCCCUUUUACAUGGCGCAGUCAAAAGCUCUAGAUUCAAACCAUAAUAAUGAGGAAUACCUACCUCCACCAUCACCUGUCAGUUCAAACUACAGCGAAUUAAUGCAAGCAACUGCUAACAUAAAUUAUAAUCAGGACCGACAAUCAUAUCCAGCGAUAUAUCAGAAUGACUACCCCGAGUACGGAGUGUCACAAGCUUCAACUUAUGAAUCACUUUAUGAACCCAUUAAUCCACAUCCAACAAGUACGAGACAAACCAAUAACAAUAGAGAAUUUAAAGGCAACAUUCAGCCAAAUAAAGGAAAAUCUCCAUUGGCUAAGGAGGAAGAAGUUGAUGCACUGACAAACCUAUUGGUUCAAUCUAUAACUGAUAGUCAGGAUUUGGAUGUCUUUGGCACAUGUGUCAAGUGUAAUCAAAAGGUGAUUGGGGAGAGUUCGGGUUGCACUGCAAUGGGUAACAUGUAUCAUAUCCAAUGUUUCAGCUGCCACAGAUGCAAUGUCAAUUUAAGAGGUAAACCAUUUUAUGCCGUCGAAGGAAAUCCUUAUUGCGAGACAGAUUACUAUGAAACUCUUGAGAAAUGUUCAGUUUGCGAGAAUCCAAUUCUAGACAGAAUUUUGAGAGCAACUGGCAAACCUUACCACCCGUCUUGCUUUACCUGUGUUGUAUGCGGUAAGAGCCUUGAAGGUAUACCAUUUACAGUGGAUGCAAUGAAUCAAAUACAUUGUAUUGAGGAUUUUCACAAAAAAUUUGCUCCUCGCUGUUGUGUUUGCGAGUUGCCGAUAAUGCCUGAAGAGGAUAAAGAGGAAACGGUAAGAGUUGUUGCUGCAGAUCGUAGUUUCCAUGUCCUGUGUUACAAAUGUGAGGAUUGUGGCCUGUUACUCUCAGCUCAAGCCGAAGGUCGUAAGUGCUAUCCACUCGAUGGGCACAUCUUGUGUAGAGCUUGUAACGCUCAUCGCAUUCGCCUUUUGACCAACGUUAUGACUACUGAUCUUUAAUUGAUCAUAAUCCUAUACAUUUCUAAAACAUUAAUAAAAUAUUUAAAUCAAGUUGAAUGUAUUGCCAUAUCAAAUAUCCAAGACAAAUUGCCCGUUUUAUAAAUAUAAGAAAAAAUAUUUACUAUGUUAUAUAUUAUUAUAAAUGGAACAUAGUUUUGCUAAAAAUAUUGUUGGAAUUAUAGCAUUAAGAAGACUGAUGUAUUUUUUGCAUUUAAAAAAAUUAUUUAAUGAUAUAUAAAUAUAUUGGAAUUGUGAUAUUUUUUUUAUUCUAUAUUUGGAAAGGGGCAUAUUAUUGUAUGCAAGAUAAUACUGGCAUAGAAUGCUAUUUAACCUUAUAAGUGCAUUUAGUAUUUAUACAAUAUAUUAAUAAAGCAGCUGUAAUAAAUAUUUUAUAAAAUCA